AUGUCUGCCGCACAACAGUUGAUAGCGCACUAUCUCAAGACCAACAACCUCACACGCACUUUGGCAGCGUUCGAGUUGGAGCUCAAUAGGAAGUUCGAUUAUUAUUCAGUCGAGGAAUCCUUGGAGACAAUUCUAAAAGACCGACUUGCCUAUUUGUCUUUGGAGAAGCCAGAGUCCGAGAACACCAAGUCUUUGUGGACCGUUGAUGUGCCAAAGAAACAUGAUCUGUUGGACUUGGGCACUUUAAAGUCACUUGUAAUAUCCUCAUGCUUUGUAAAGCUAGAGAUCGGUUCCAAAAGUGUGUCUUUAGGACUAUUUGUGACCAAUAACAAACAGGUGCACUUUUUUGAUCUGGAGAAGCGCAGAAACAUACUAGUCAAGAACGACCUCCAUGGACUGACGGCAACAAAACUUGUUGCAGGAGUCGACGGCAGCGACUUGCUUUUUUCUUGCGGCAUGGAUGGGAAAUUAAGGAUCUGGAGAGCUGGAUACGACAGCGAGCUUCAGCUGGAGCUUUUAAGCGAAAAACAACUGCAUAAGAGACUCGUUCUCCAAAUGAAGUUCCAGAAAAUGGACCGGAAAACAGGCUUUUUAGUGUCGACUGGAUGGGAUUCAAAACUGGUGGCCACCAGAGUCAAUCUUGAGGACGGAACCACAGAGAAACUGAACGAGGUGAGCUUGCUUACGAGAGCAAGUUGCUUGCUCAUUACCGCUGACUCGAGCAAUUAUCCUGUGAUUCUUGUGGGACGCACGGAUACUUCAAUGGUUGGAGUGUACACCAUCCACGAUCGCAUUUUUGAGAUCGGGCGCGUAGCACUAAACGACUCUGAAUUUUCUAGCCAUUCGUUUCAUCCUAUGGCAUUUGCAAAAACCGAGAAUGAUACAGUGGUAGCAGCUACCAAUCACACUCCCUACAUGAGAUUGAUUACUUUUAAAAUCCCCACGAUUGCUGAUCUCAUAGGCGUCGAAGAGACUGAGGUGGCCCCAAAAGUUGCGGCGGCGAGCGUGCUGGCUUCGGACAGCGAGUCUUUCCAGACGAACGUCACUAUCAGACGAAACAUUAUUAUCUCCAAUUUUAAUUCGAUGUCGCCCCAGGACAAAUUUUCUGACCCCAUUGUGAGAACAAGACCCCACAAGGAUGGGGUCUGGAUAUUUGGGGACGACGGUGUUGUCAGAGGGUUUGAUGUUGGAACAGGGUCUGUGGUUGAGGAACUAAAGACGCACGAAGGUCGUAUCAAAUCUGCCUUUGUAGCCGACGUGGGCGACACAGAGACUAUCGUGAGCUGCGGUGCCGUCGAUAGGGUCGCCAGUGUUUGGCAAUAG